AUUGGAUCUCCAAAAAACUGUUUGAAUCUGAUAUAAAGACUCUUCAGAACUUCAGUUUCAGGUUGUGGACUGCCUAGUUGUUUUUGACAUUUGUGCAAAUCUUUCAGAUGGAAGAACUGAUGAAGAACCAGAUGUUUGCUACACAUGCAGUUGCUGCUGCAGGUUCAGUCACAUUGGGCACUGCCCUCACUUACCCUCUUGAUACUAUCAAAGUCCUUAUACAGGUAGGGUCAGUUUCUAAUAAACAGCUGACUACAGCUCAGGUUCUUGAUAGAGUUAAAACUUUAUCAGGACAUGCAGGUUUGUACAGUGGUUUUGGGUGGUUAAUGUUGGGAAGGAUUUUAGGUGCUAGCGCUCGCUUUGGUACUUAUGAAAUUUUGACAACUUUUUAUAAAGGUAUAUUCUUCAUUCUAUGUGCAGUUAGAAGUUAUUGUGUUUGUUCUUAAUCUGUUUCGUUAGAUGAGCAAACCUAGGGGAAAAAUUAGGAGGAAAGGUUCUAAACUGAAAUGACAGGCACUUAUUCUUUAAAUAUUUUGCAAAAUAAUUUGAAUUCUACUUGUCCCGAGUGUUGGUUCUCAAUAAUCGAGGGUGCUGGGAGCUUAGGAGGGUUAAAUUGGAUAGAGACCGAAUCCACAUUCACGCACAUGGAAGCUCGAAUAGUUUGCUUAGUGUUUGGUGAAUAUGUACUUGGAAAAUUAAUGGGUUUG